AGCUGCUCUCUUGUUCCCUCGCUCGCUGCUGCUCGUGCCGGCAGCAAGCUAUGUCCCGGAGCCGAGCCCUCGGAGCCGGGGACCCGUCGCGCGCCUAGGACGCAGCCGCAGCAGCCGACUAGUUAGUUGUCAAUGGCCCUUCGCAUAGCGGAGCAGCACCGGACUAGGGGACCCUCCGCGCCUUCUCUGCCGCUGCCCACCCCCACCCGAGAGUGAUGGGCAACACCGCUCACAAGACCCUGCCAGACACAAGUCACCAAGCUCGUUUGUUAUCCAAUCGGCCUUGUUACGCGCUGCCCGCUAGUAGCCAUGAUCGGCGCUCCAUCCUGGCGAUCACUGAGCCCCCACGGUUCCACCCCCAGGCCAAAGGCAAGAACGUGCGCCUGGACUCCCAGUCCCGCAAGGCUACCCGAAGAAACAGUUUCUGCAAUGGGGUCACUUUCACCAACAGACCCAUCCACCUUUAUGAGAAAGUCCGACUUAAGCUGGUGGCUGUGCACCACGGAUGGAGCGGGGCGCUGCGCUUUGGCUUCACCAUCCAUGACCCAUCCCAGAUGAACUCUGACGACAUACCAAAGUACGCCUGCCCGGACCUGGUGACUAGGCCGGGCUACUGGGCCAAAGCUUUGCCGGAGAGAUUUGCACUGAGGGACAACGUUCUAGCCUACUGGGUUGACCGGCAUGGGAGGGUGUUCUAUAGCGUCAAUGAUGAGGACCCGAUACUGUUUCACUGUGGCAUUAAAGUCUCUGGACCCCUUUGGGCCCUCAUAGAUGUUUAUGGAAUUACCCAUGAAGUGCAGAUUCUAGAUAGCAUGUUUGCUGAGACCAUGGCCUCCUCUCGUCUCAGUAACCCUCGGUUCAGCACUUGUAUCCCACAAAGUAACCACGACUCGGCCAACUUCAACAACAAUGAACUGGAGAACAACCAGGUGGUAGCCAAAAUCAGCAACUUGAACCUGAGCCGGGUCCCCAGUGUGUCCACGGACAACCACGUCAUACCCUGUUGUUCCAGUAGGCGUUCUCGGGGUCACGGAGUACCAGCCUUUUUAGACACAGACCUCCACUUCCACCCCACCCGAGGGCCCGACGUCACCUUCUCUCAGGACCGGACGGCAGCCUGCACCAACUGGCAGGAGAGCAGCAGGACUUUGGUGUUCUCAGACCGGCCUUUGCACAUCGGUGAGAGCCUCUUUGUGGAAGUCGGACACCUGGGCCUGCCCUAUUACGGGGCUCUCUCCUUCGGCAUCACUUCCUGUGACCCAGGGACGUUAAGGACCAGUGAGCUCCCGGCUGAUCCUGACUCCCUGUUAGACCGCAAGGAGUACUGGGUGGUCUGCCGAGCCUUCCCCGUCCUCCACAGCGGGGACGUCCUCAACUUCAUGGUGUUGCCGAAUGGAGAAGUGCACCACGGCGUCAACGGCAGCAACCGAGGCAUGCUGAUGUGCGUGGACACCUCGCAGUCUCUCUGGGCGUUCUUCACAAUUCACGGAGUAAUCAAUCAGCUCAAGAUUCUGGGCACCUUGCAGUCUAGCCCAGUGACUGCUUCCCCCUCAGGAUCCCCCAGCGGCUCGCAGUACGACAGUGACUCAGACAUGGCCUUCAGUGUGAACAGGUCCUCUUCAGCUUCUGAGUCCUCACUGGUGACUGCUCCAAGCUCCCCUCUGAGCCCCCCCACAUCACCUGCAUUCUCCCCUCCGGAGCCUCCAAGCACCAAGAAUGGCGAGUGCACCAUCUGCUUUGACAGUGAGGUAGACAUGGUCAUCUACACCUGCGGCCACAUGUGCCUCUGCCACACCUGCGGUCUCAAGCUGAGGAAGCAGCCCAACGCCUGCUGCCCGAUCUGCCGACGCACCAUCAAGGAUGUCAUUAAGAUCUACCGGCCUUAGCCCCUCCACCACACCCCAGCUCCACCCUCACUCAAGUGGGCAGAGGGGUCUUCCUAAACAAGACCAGAGCCACGCCUUGCCACCCAGCGCCAGUGGCUGGUCCCUGGUCAUGCCAAGAGGUUUCCCCAUCUCUUCUUAAGCAUUUUUAAUGGUAGGAACGGUCAGGGAUGUGGCCUAGCUAAGGAACUUGGCAGAGGGUCUGAGGGAAGAAGGGUAGCUACUGUUGGUGAGAUAGUGCUUUUCCUAAAGAUACUGUCCUAUAGAUGAUCGCAGGCAUUGUCACAUGUAGUCAUGUAGCAUAAGUACUUGCCUUCUCUAAGGCCCAGACUUGCCCAGCUAGUAAAAUGGCAACCUCUGUGCAAUGCUUCUUGGGGCUGGUUCAGUUGAGUGUGCACAGGAGCCUGAGAGAGAAGGGAGAGUGAAGAAAAAAGGGAGAAGAGUUGGGGAACAGCAAAGGGAGAACAAGAGAAAGAAUGAGACAGGGCGUGAAAGAGAGAAAAUGUGAGUGAGAGAGAGAGAAGGAGGAAGAGAGAAUGAAUGUGUAUGAAUUCUAAGCUAUUGGAGGUGGCAGCUCCCAGCUCCAUUGAGCCCUCCCCAGAGCUCCCGACUUAGGAGCUUCUCAAAGACCAUCCAAGGAAUUGAGGACCAGCUCCAAUCAAGUGCUCGUGUCCCUUUCCACGUUCUUUCCCUCCUCAGAAGCUGUUGGAUGAGUCACUAUUGAACAUUUUCAGUUUUUGCCCAACCAGAAAUAUGACUUGGGUGACAAUAUUGGAGAAGGAAACUCAGAUCAUCAAUGCACUGUUUACAACCCCAGAUGUGAACAGCUGUAUCUGGGCGCUUAGUUUAAAAAAACAAAUGAGCAACUUCUUGUUGGGUUUUGAUUUUUGGUUUGUUUUCUUUUUUUAAUCUCCAUCUUUUGAGAGUGAUUUCAUCGGUCCUGUGUGCAACAGAGCUGGAGCUCUGACCUCUCCCAGAAGAUGCAUUACCCUCAUGCCUGCUCUGCAGAGUGGAAUUUUAUGCACCAUGCACCUUCCCCCUUCCCCUCCCCCAGUCUCCAAAUGCUUUUAAGAAUAUUAUCUUCUUAAUCAUUAUAAUUAGGAGACCCCCAAUUGCAUAGUCCCCUUUCCAUAAAGAAGAAACUGAAAUAUAGAGACAAGGCCAGCUGGGAGGUCAUUCGAUAACUUAGAUUCUUCAGUCCUCUACUUCAACCACUCGUCAAGGGACUGGCAAUCUGGGGCAUGCAAGAUGAUGUUCAGUAGUUGGGCCAGGGUCUGUCCUCCAACCUAAGAUAAAUUUAGAAAGAGUUUGUUUUUAUUAGCUUCCCACUAACUUUUCUCCUGGGUCUCCAUGCUACCUGGUCCCGUUGUCAGUUAACUGUCAACUAAUCUCUAGUGGAUUGUCAGCUUGUGAGGUGUUAACUGAUCAUUAUGGCAUCAGCUGACAAUCUUGAAGUGGGACACUCUUCAUUGCAUUUUUUAAGGAGGAUUGUUUAAGAUUAGCUGGCCCUCCUUGAGGAACAGAGCCUAACUCCACUGUUUUUUCUUUUCCUGACCAUCCUACCAGAGCUACCAGAGCCUGAGGUGUCCUGGUGGCAUCUCCUUCCACUUGCAGCCGCAGCCACAUUGGGUAUAUCAUGGGUCCUUAUUUAAGAAAAGCUAUCUGUCCCACCAUCGCACCCAUGGGAGCAAAUCAGUAAAAAUGUACUUCAAAAUCUGGCAAAGACAAUUGGCCUCUGUGGUAGUCUAUGCUGCUUUUCCUUUUAAAGGAGGUAAUUCCCCAAGAGUUCCAGGACUUAGGGAUUUGAGAACUAUUGUAUGAAGUGUGACAGCAAGAGCCCUAACCUGGGAUUCAGAAGAUGCCCCCUUCCUGUCCUACUCCCACUCCCAGGUUCUAGGCUCAAUUCUGCCCCUAAUUCAUGGUGGAGCCUUUAGCCAAGGCAUGUCUUUUGCCUCAGUUUUCUCAUCUGUCAAAUAAGGAUAAUAAUGCCUUCCCUGCCUACCUACCUUACAGCAGCUGUCACGACGAUCAGCUUAGAAAUAGGAUGUGAAAGUACAUUACAAAAAUCAAAGAUGAUAGAUGGGUAUGACACAUUUAUUUUUAGAUAAAAUCUCAAUCAACUCACCUCUUUCAAAGGGAAGACAGGUAGAGGUGGAAGAAGUUAUAACCAGUUAGUUUGGGUUCCUUAGGUCAUUGUUGUCAUGCCCUAGGUAUGGUGUAAGGGAGAGAACAGAUCUUCCAUGAGAACUUAACUUUGUGUGUAUUUCCUUUUUCCUAACUCAUUCAGAGACCAGGCUCUGCCCGGUCCCCAGCAGCAGCAGGAGAGCUCUGCUCCAGAGCCAAUGAGAGGCAGUGAUUGCCUAGGGCUGUCGAGCUGAGAGAUUGUGAGUGGGAAAAACGAUUCUGUCAAGUUGAGUUAAAGUGAGGUGUAAAAACAAAUGGCCAGGAGAUCCGAAAGGUUCUCACACAGCCUUUUUGGAUGUUGUUUCGAAAGAGCUACUUCCCCAGGCUUGUUGAGACCAGAAGACAAGAAAAGACUAUGCCUUCCUCCCCAUUUAGAAUUAGCGUGGGGAUUAUGUUUGCUGAGAGACAGGGUGGCAUGGUGGCUAGAGAAGUGGCCUUGGAGUCAGGAAUCCCACCUCUUGACACUGUGUGACCCUGGACAAGUCACUUAACCCCUCAGCCCCCCACCCCCACCCCGGGGCCAACUGGACCUUGUGACUCUUCCAAGAAAGAGUAAAUAAUGCCCAAUCUAGUUUCCUUGUUGUAUACUUGUGUUUGUACAUCAAUUCUUUGAAAAAUAGUAAACCAACGUGUGGUAUAUAUGGUCAUUCUUUCUGAACAAAAUAUUGGAUUCACCAGAACACCCCAUUCCCUAGGAUUGUCAGAAAACAGAGAGCUUAACUGUGUAGACCUAACGGGGACCACAAACCUAGAAGACAAAGGCUUCAAUUUAAAAAGAGGAAAUGGUUGGUGUAACCCCCAUCAUUUCCCUCUUAUAGUCUUCAUGCAAGCCUUUGCCAGUGCCGAUUGUCAUUUCUUGGCCUCAGUUUCCACAGCUGUACUACAAGGUAGUUAGACCAAGUCUGUGGUGACCCUGACUCUGGCAUAUGAAUUAGCGGGCCUCAGGAUGUGAGGAGCAUAGAUGUGUACAGUACAUUCUAUUAGGCUGUGCAUCCACUGAAUUUUAUUUUCUCAUUUUUUAAGGCAAAUAUUUAUUGACCAAUCAUAAAGGACAUUAUUUUUAGUUAAUCAAACCAAACAAGCUAACAAUUUUUUUCUAAAAAAUAACAGCUGAACCUCACCUAGAAAUACAAAAUUUUAAAGAGAUACAAAUACACGCCCUGUGUAUGCAAGCCUGCAGUCGGGAGGACUGAUGGUGAACAUCUUUUUCCCCUCUGGUUCCCUGUCCUGCCAACCUUUAUGUCGGCCCUUGGUGCAGCUCAAUAGCAUUAGCGCCACUUUGAUCCUUAAGGACAGAGAUUUGGAAACCAUUAAGGGGUGGCCCAGGCCUCUGAGAGCAUCACAGGCACUGCUCCCGAUGACCUGCUACGUGAGGAGAAAAUGAGACAAUGGCUUGUUUGAACCUGCCUAGUCACUGCCAUAAAUAGCAUCACCAUCCAAGAGGGACUGGGGGCUGGGGGCUGGGGGCUGGGGUUUGGUUGGCCAGGCCUUGUUCAGUGCUCAAAGCACUUCCCGUUUUUUUUCCCUGAAUUAACCUCUAAAGUUCACCCACUCGCUGCACGUGAUGACCACAGUGGAUAUUCGCCCUCUAUGGUGCUGCCUGGUAUUUCUCUUGCUUCUUUGUAAUGCUCAACAGAGGCCUCUUUGCCUAGGGUGAGCAGUAUGUGGUAUACUGCUGUCCACAGGCUCUGCUUUAAAAGGGAAGGAAAAAUCUUUAGACGUGACAUUCUUUUUAACCUGGAAAGGAAGAGCAAAAGGUUUUGGCAUUCAGGAGGAACACGGGCCCAAAAUCUUAUUAUAGAAUUUUAUACAACGAAGAAGAGGCAGCUCAAGGGAAUGAAAAGAACUCUGGCCUCCAUCUCUGCCACUCGCUAGCUGUGGAGCUGGGCUACCUUGUCGCCCUCUCCUGCCCUCAGUUUCCACAGCUGUGCUAGGAGGGAGUUAGACUAAGGUCCAGUGGUUCUGUGGUUGUAAUUCUUUCCUUGUCCUUCCGGAAGAGUCAAAGAUCCUACAUGAAGCUAUCAAAGGGUGAGAAUUGGGCUGUGCCUUAACUUUG